AUGCGAACCCUUGAUCCUGAAGCUACGGAGAAGCAACUGGAACAGCAGCAGAAACAGCAGGAGCAACGGCAGCAGCAGCCGCAACCGAAACCAGGGAUGGCGCUAAAGGAACCGGAGCAGCAGCAGUCGUUUGUUGCUGCAUUUGUUGCUGCAGUAGAUGAGGCGCUGCAGCUCGAGGUCCCCUUAGCAGCAAAAUGGUCUCGAGUUCCUCUUGGCCUUGAGGAUGAGGGGCGUUUGGGUUUGCUACUGCUGCAAGACGGCCGCGAAUUUGGAGGAAUUUCUUUUGGCUGCAAGAAGGCUGUCUCGGGAGAGGUCGUCUUCAAUACCGGCAUGGUUGCGUAUCCUGAGUCUUUAACCGAUCCUUCUUACUCUGGACAAAUUUUAACUUUGACUUAUCCUCUUGUCGGCAACUAUGGCGUCCCCUCUCCAGAAACAGACGCGUUGGGUCUGCCGCUGCAUUUAGAAGGAACUCGAGUCCAUGUGGGGGCUCUGCUGGCAGCAGAUUAUGUUCCUGCAGCUCUAACACACUGGAGAGCAACAAAAAGCUUAGGCAGUUGGCUAGAGGAGCAGCAAGUGCCUGCCCUGUGGGGUCUAGACACCAGAAGCCUCACCAAGCAUCUCAGGGAGGUGGGGUCGAUGCUAGGGAAGGUAGUGGUGCUUUCAGAGGAGGAGGAGAAGGAGGUCGAGCAGCAGCUGCUGUCAGAAUCAGCAGUGGCAGCAGUAGCGUCGCUGGCAUCUCGCCUUGAGACGUAUCCGGCGGUGCAUAAGGCCUUAUCGCGCUGCUGCUGCCGCGAUCAAAUGCUGCUGUUGCUGCAGCAGCGGGCACAGCGAGCAGCAAGGCUGCAGGCGUGGGCUGCUGCUCUCAAGGCCGCAGGGGAUCGUCUCCCCCUAGACGAUCCCAACUCCCGUAACCUUGUCGCAGAAGUGUCUCCCGCAGAACCCAAAGUCUUCGUCUCUCCUGUCAAUCCUUCCGUCCGUCUUGGUGCUGUUACUGAUGUUUCUGCUACUGGUUCUCCUGCUGAUGAUGCUGCUGGACGUUCUGUUACUGCCUUGCAGUCUUCCAUCUUGCUGCCUCUUCGGGUUCUGCUGGCAGUGCCUUGGGACUACGACUUCAGUGGAGAGUCAUAUGAUGGCCUCUUUAUCAGUAACGGACCAGGAGACCCUACCAAGUGUGAUGCCACCAUUAGGAACAUCGCCAAGGCUUUGAAGGAGGAGAAGCCGAUAUUCGGUAUUUGUCUUGGCAACCAGCUGCUCGCCCUUGCAGCUGGGGCAAAGACCUAUAAAAUGAAGUUCGGAAAUAGAGGAAUGAAUCAACCGGCAAUCGACCUGAGAACAACGCGUUGUUAUAUUACUGCACAGAAUCAUGGCUUCGCUGUUGACACGGGAAGUUUGCCUUCUGAUUUUGCUCCCCUCUUUGUAAAUGCUAACGACCGCAGCAACGAGGGAAUAUCCCACCGCUCAAAGCCUCAUUUUGCCGUCCAGUUCCAUCCGGAGGCAUCAGGUGGUCCUACGGAUACGUUUUUCCUUUUUGGAGAGUUUAUCGACAUGCUGCGGAGACAGCAGCAGCAGCACCUCUCAAGGUGUCUCUACACCAUUCCUUACCAGUUCCCGUGCGCCUACAGGAAGGUGCUGCUUCUAGGCAGCGGGGGUUUAAGCAUAGGCCAGGCAGGCGAAUUUGAUUACUCGGGUUCACAAGCAAUAAAGGCAUUAAAAGAGCAUAAUGUCUUUGUUGUUCUCGUAAACCCCAAUAUUGCUACCGUGCAGACCUCCAAGCAGAUGGCUCACAGGGUUUACUUUGUGCCAGUAACUCCCCAGUUUGUGUCGGAGGUCAUUGAAAAGGAAAGGCCUCAAGGCGUCCUCUGCUCCUUUGGUGGACAGACAGCACUAAACUGUGUUGUUGAGUUGCACCGCUCUGGAGUUUUAAAAAAAUACGACUGCCAGGUUCUCGGCACCCCAAUAGAGACGAUUAUAUCCACUGAGGACAGGGAGUUGUUUGCAAAGAAGCUGAAGGAGAUAGGAGAGGAGGUCGCGCCUUCAGCAGCAGCAACCAAUGCAGAGGAGGCCGCUGCAGCAGCGGCAGCAAUAGGAUAUCCUGUUCUGCUGCGAGCCGCAUUUGCUCUGGGAGGCCUUGGCUCGGGAUUCGCAGAAGAUGAGGCGUCUUUGCGUCGACUCUGCGCCGAUGCCUUUGCACAUUCUUCUCAGGUUUUCAUAGACAGGAGCCUGAAAGGUUGGAAAGAAGUGGAAUACGAAGUCGUGAGAGAUGCAAAAGACAACUGCGUCGCCAUCUGCAACAUGGAAAACCUCGACCCUCUAGAUGGAAAAGUCUCUGCGUGCAGAGAUAGGGACAAGGAUAGCUGGAGAGACAGAGACAGAAGUGCAGACAGAUAG